AUGGACUUUCUACUCCUCUGCUGUGCCUUCCUCCUGGGCGCCGCAGCCUACAGCAACACCCACAUGGGCGCCGCCGCCUCCACCACCACUCACCUCCACUUUUACAUGGACGAUUUCUACACCGGCCCGAACCCCACCGCCUUGCGCGUCGUGUCCGGCCGCUCCCUCUCGCCCGACAACGGCACGGCGGCCACGUCGCCGCGGCAGUUCGGCGACAUCGUGGUGCUGAACGACCCGCUGACGGAGAGUCCCGACAGAGGCAGCGCCCGCGUGGGCAAGGCGCAGGGGUUCGCCGUGCGGGCGUCAGAGGGCGGCAUCGUAUCAGACCUUCACCUGCACCUGUUCCUGGAGGCCGGCGAGUACAACGGCAGCUCAGUGGCGGUGAACGGCCGCAUCGACAUGGACACCGAGAUGCGCGAGUCGGUGAUCGUCGGUGGUACCGGCCGGUUCCGUUUCGCGCGGGGAUACAUGCUCUCCCGGAACUACCAGUACGACCUCACCAAUGGCGGUGUCGUCGAGCUCAACGUCUACGUGCAGCACUAG